ACAGUACACAAAAUCUAAAGACAAGAGAGAAAGAAAGAACAAAAGAAAGAACAAAAGAAAAACAAAAACCUUCUGUUUCAAGAAAGCAUCGUUUUUAUUUGUGUGUCCGAAAAUGGAAGAUCUUGACGAUGAGUACAAGAAUUAUUGGGAAACUACAAUGUUCUUCCAGAAUCAAGAACUUGAAUUCGAAAGUUGGCCGUUGGAAGAAGCGUUUUCUGGUUCCGGCGACUCUAGUUCGCCGGACGGUGCAGCAACUUCUCCGGCAUCUUCAAAGAACGUUGUCUCCGAGAGGAACCGACGGCAAAAGCUUAACCAAAGACUCUUCGCUCUCCGAUCAGUCGUUCCCAAUAUAACUAAGUUGGACAAGGCAUCUAUUGUCAAAGAUUCAAUCGACUAUAUGCAAAAACUUAUUGAUCAAGAGAAAAGACUAGAAGCAGAGAUCCGAGAGCUGGAAUCACUAAGAUCAGUAGUGCAAGAAAAUCCGACAAGAGAUUACGAUUGCAUCAAUAAUUUCCUGGAAAAUCAGCAGCAAGAUCUUUCUUACAAUAAUGUCACAAGAUCAAAGAAGUUUAGGCAUAUGGAUUACAAUACUUUUGGAUCAUCAAUUACUAGAGCACAUAAUCACUCCCUCAUCGAAGUUCUCGAAAUGAAGGCGACUUGGAUGGGAGAGAAGACGGUGGUGGUAUGCAUAACAUGUAGCAAGAGGAGAGAAACAAUGUUGCAGCUUUGUAAAGUGUUGGAGUCUUUGAAUCUCAACAUUCUCACUACUAACUUCUCUUCAUUCUCCUCUCGUCUUUCCACCACUAUCUUCCUCCAGGUAACUUUCUCUAUAUCUCUACAUUUUCAUGUAUAGGUUUGGUGAAAUUACUAGAAGCAGUGUUAAGUAACACAAAAUGUAGUAAAACAUAUAUAUACUAUUGUCAUUGAAAAAACUGUCUCCUGACGGCACGUAGAAAAAUCCUUUAGGUGUACAUCAAUCAAUCAAUCAAUUUUUUGAAUAAAAACAUAAGACUAAAUAGUCUAAAAUGCGGUAGUAAAAGUGUUUUUUUCUUCUGAAAUCACUUUCAAAUCAAAAGGGCAAAAACUUUAGACGGACCCAUUUAAUUACCACUUUCUUCACACACGUAUUAAGUGGUCCUUAAUUCACAGUUUUACACUAUUGCACCUUAAGUACAGCUAUUUAACAAUCUCGAUUAAAUAUAUUUCAUAUCAUAAUCAAUUAACUAAACACUAAUUAUUGAGGUGGCCUCGAGCCCAUCACUUCUUUUUGAAUUUUGCAUUGACUUUUUCUGAGGUUAGAUUCUCUCAAAAGCUUACCUUAAUCAAAGUUGUGUGUGAAAAUCGUCAGUGCAUCGUGUCGCAUAACGCGUCGUCGAAACCUUAUAGUAUCACCUGGAAAACGUGGCUAUUUAUCAUUUGUCUCUUUCUCGCUUACCGUUUCGCACGUGACUUCUUUAUCCACUAAAAUAAGUGUUACAUAAAGAAAUCCACUAAACAAGUAGUAAAUGGUUUAAGUAAAAUAAAUAAAUAAUAAUAGCCAUUUUUUAAAAGAAAACUAAUAUAGUAAAUGGUCGUAGUAUAUCCCUUUGUUAUAAUUCUCUUUUGGCAAAAUGAAAAAGAAAACUAAUAUAUGAGGUCUUUAAUAUAAGAAUAUUAUUAGUCCAUAACCAUUUAUUCUAGUUUGUUGGUAGUUCUUAUAUUUUCUAUAUCUAUUAUCUAGUUUUAAUAUUCCCUUUUUCUAAUUUCUUAUUAUCAAAUAAUAGGACUUAACAUUCCAUUUUUUUUUUUGGAAAAACACAUUCCAUUUCUUACCAAAUUGAUUACAAUAGUAUGUUGUAGGUUGGAAAAAUUAAAGCAAAUAUGAAUAUUUUGGUAAAGCAAAUAAGUAAUACUGUGUUGUUUUAUCCCACCUUUAUAACAUUUUAGUUUUUAAUAAUAUAAUCAGACACCAAAAAUACAGUAAAGUAGACUAUUGAGAAAAGGAGUCUGGAGAUUGGAGAGUUGGUGAAAUCUUACUCCAAUCAUUUUUCUUAAAAAGUGGAUCAUUUCGUUUUCCAACCUGUCUUUAUCUGUCGUUUUCAAAUCGUAUAAAACAAUUAUUGACCUUCUUUUUUCCACGAAAAAUAAUUAUAUUACUUAUGCUUGUCGUAUAUACAUCAAACUAUGUUUUAUUUUAAUAGUUUAUUUAUAAUGUUCAAAAAGUAGAUUUAUUUUUAAGAGUAAAUUGUACUCCAUCCCUUUCUUAAAGAUAUAUAUUCUAGAAAAAAAAUUAUUUCUAAAAGAUCUAUUUUUAUACAUUUUCAAUGCAUGUUUUAUUAACUAACUGUAAAAUUCAAAAAACUUAAUUGCACUAAUUAAUUUUUUAUUGGUUUAAAAUUAUAGGAAGAAGAUAAAUACAAAAAACUAUACAAAUUUAUUGUGUUUUAUUAAAAAGUGUGAAAAAACUAGAAUAUGAAUCUUGUAGGAACAGAGAGAAUAAUAGUUAACUUAUAUAUAUAUAUAUAUAUUCUUUGAAUGGUAAGGCUUUUUAGUUUUGCUCAAUAUUUGAUUUUGUUCAACUUUUCAAUAAAACGAAAACAUUUGUUCAAACCAAACUACAUGCAUGUUUUCCUAUAUAUAAUGAAGUAUGUCAGUCAAAUCAGUCUAGGAUUGGAAUGAAGUUUACAAAAGAAUAUUGGUACUGUUAAGUAAAAACAUUAACUCCCUAAAUUAAUAACCUAAACCGAGAUUGGACUAAAAAUUUCUACUAGAGGAAUUCUAUUUUAUGAUGGUUUUUAUAAUGCUGAAUUUGCAGGCGGGUGAAGAAGAGAGGAGUACGUUAGAAACAAAGAUCCAAACGGCAAUCGCAUCUUAUAAUGAUCCAAAUUGUCUUAUCAACAUCUAAUUUAUUUCUUUGUACCAAACCUGUUCUUUUAUGCACUAUUUGUGAAGAGUUUAUUCGAGCUUUAUUUAAUAAUUCAAACCAAGCACUUAGAUCAAACACAUAUAUAAAAAGAUUAAAAGCAUAUCUGACUUCCUAUAGAUUCAGUGAAUAUAUAUUUUCAAUAGUGAACAAAAAGCAAAUACAUAUUACAAGAAGUAGAUAGAGAGAAAAUACCAAAUAGUUCUAUUUGAUCUUUGAACUUAGGCAACAAAUCUUCUGUGACUGAAUAAGAAAUGACAGAGUAGAACAUAACACUUUCUAUAUGAGUUUCUUUUGUUAUGUUAAAAAAAAAAAGAGAAUCUAAUCUAUGUUGUGGAAGCCAGGGAGUAGUGAAGUUAUGAAGCCGAAAACAAUCAUCUGAAUCUCUUUCACUAUUCCCCACCAUUGAUUCCCUUGGUGACCUGCAUCCACAUUUUCAUUUUCUCUGUUUCCAUCAUCAGCAUUCUCUUGCCCCUCUGCACAUAAAAAAUAGAAAUAAAUUACAUCUGCAUAAGUUGUUGCUCUGAUGACUUCAG